ACAAACAGAGAAGAGAAGAGAGAGAGAGAGAGACCCGCGCCUGUCCACCCAGCCCAGUCCCACUUUCCACUGACCGAAUCCUUCCGUUGUCUUACGUCCUUCCUUGCCUCGUCUGCUUCUUCCCUCCCCCCUCUCUCUGCUCCCUUCCCCCGGCUCAAAAUUCUCUGUUUCCUGCGGGGGCGUGUGUCUGCGACUCGCAUUCCAAGAUCGAGAUCGGGCCUCCCAAUUUUGAUGGACACUAUCAUCACUUGAGGUUUAGGGUUUAAACUGAAGCGAAAAGCUGCACCAGCGCCGCCCAAUUCCCUCCUCCUCCUCCUCCUCCUCCUCCUCCUGCGCUUCCUAGGGAGAAGAGAAGAAAGAGGAGGAGGAGCAGCAGCAGCAGCAGCAGAAGUGAAGUGAGAUCGGUCGGAGGGCAGAGAGAGAGAGAGGGGCUUUUAUAGGGGAUGGGAUCGGUUGGGUCGCAGAAGGAGACGGCGGUGGUGGUGAGCCAGGUGUCCUUCGGCGGCUUCGACGAGGGCGUCUCCGCCAGGGAGCUCACCGACUUCUUGCAGCAGCAAGUGGGCCUCAUCUGGCGCUGCCGCGUCAAGACCUCCUGGACCCCGCCCGACUCCUACCCCGACUUCUUCUCCUCCUCCAAUGCCGAUGCCGAUGCCGAUGCCGAUGCCUUCUCCGUAGCAGCCUCUUCUUCUUCUUCUUCUUCUUCAUCAUCAUUGACUACUAGUACUACUGCUACUACGAUCAGGGACAAGGAUGACUACCCCAAGGUGGUCCCCCACGCCUUCGUCCACUUCGCCUCCCCCGACGCCGCCAAGCGCGCCAUGAACGCCGCCGGCCGCUGCGACCUCGUGCUCAGGGGCCGCCCCCUGCGCGCCCACUGCGCCGCCGAGAGCUCCUUCCGCGCCAGCCGCCGCCGCACCACCGACCCCUUCAAGUUCUCCGACGUCCGCCUCGACAUCGGCUCCCUCGUCGCCCGCGACGACUUCUGCGCCAGCUGGACCUGCCCCUCCGGCUCCGGAGCCGCCGAUUUCGUCGUCGACCCCUUCGACGGGCUGUGCAAGAUCCUCUUCGCCAGGGAGACCGCCUUCGCCUUCAAGGGCACGCGCGACGCGGCGACGAUCCGCUGCGAUUUCAAGAUCGAAUUCCUUGCGAGGGACAUUGCCGACGUCAGGCUGUACACGGACCGAGCGCCGCUCGCGAUGCUCCUGCAGCUAACCUCCGCGCCUUUCGUAUCCUACCGGACCGCCGACGACGACAUCUAUACCUCCGUGCCCUUCAACCUGCUCGACGAUGAGGACCCGUGGAUCCGCACCACCGACUUCACUCCUACCGGUGCCGUCGGCCGAUGCAGCUCGUACAAGAUCUCACUCUCCCCUCGUUUCGGUGCGAAGCUGGAGAGAGCGCUUGAUUAUCUGAGGAAGCGCAGAAUUCCGGAUUACCGGCCCAACCGUCCUCUAGCGGUUCGGCCGGAGCCCGACUUUGGCUUCUCGCCGGCGACCGAUCACUUCUUCUCCAUCCAUCACGCGGAGGGGGUCGGCUUUCCAAUACUGUUCCUGGUAAAUGCGUUGGUUCACAAGGGUAUCGUCAACCAGCACCAGCUCUCCGAUCAGUUCUUCGGCUUGUUGAGGGGCCAGAGCGGUGUGGUGAAUGAGACAGCGCUGAGGCAUAUAUGGUCUUACAAGCGCCCUAUAUUUGAUGCUUAUCGAAGACUGAAGCUUGUCCAGGAGUGGCUUUUGAACAACCCCAAACUCCUCAGAAGCUCCAAGCUAGCCGACGACAAUGCGGAGGUGAGAAGGCUUGUUAUAACUCCCACUAAAGCAUACUGUAUUCCUCCGGCAAUUGAACUCUCCAACAGGGUGUUGAGAAGGUAUAAGGAGGUUGCUGAUAGAUUCCUGAGGGUUACGUUUACCGAUGAAGGAAUGCAGCAGCUUAAUAACAGCGUUCUCAACUACUACGUCGCGCCCAUCGUCAGGGACAUCACGUCAAACUCGUAUCAGCAGAAAACUACUGUGUUUAAGAGGGUGAAGAGUAUUCUAAUGGAUGGUUUCUACCUGUGCGGGCGCAGGUACUCCUUUCUUGCGUUCUCAUCCAAUCAGUUACGAGACCGCUCCGCCUGGUUCUUCGCAGAGGAUAGCAAGACGACAGUUGCAGCCAUAACCAAAUGGAUGGGCAGGUUUAGUAACAGGAAUGUGGCAAAGUGUGCGGCUCGAAUGGGGCAGUGCUUCUCGUCCACAUACGCAACUGUAGAAGUGCCGUUGAGGGAGGUGAAUCCAGUGCUGCCCGAUAUUGAAGGAAACGGAUAUAUCUUUUCUGACGGGAUCGGGAAGAUCACUCCUGAUCUGGCAAUGGAAGUAGCUGAAAAGUUGAAGCUGACGGAUAACCCCCCCUCUGCAUACCAGAUAAGGUAUGCCGGCUGUAAAGGUGUUGUCGCUGUUUGGCCGGGAGAUGUAGACGGAAUCCGGCUUUCUCUAAGACCGAGCAUGAACAAGUUCGAGUCCAACCAUACUGUAUUGGAGGUUGUCUCAUGGUCGAGGUUCCAACCUGGUUUCUUAAACCGGCAGAUCAUAACGCUGCUCUCAUCCUUGAGUGUUCCCGACUCUGUGUUUGCCCGAAUGCAGGAGUCGAUGAUCUGCAAGCUAAAUGAGAUGCUUGUGGAUACCGACGUUGCAUUUGAGGUCCUGACUACUUCCUGUGCGGAGCAAGGGAACACGGCAGCGAUGAUGCUGAGUGCCGGUUUCAAGCCUCAGACUGAGCCGCACUUAAAGGCAAUGCUCUCUUGUAUAAGGUCCGCACAGCUUGGGGACCUGUUGGCUAAAACCAGAAUCUUCGUUCCCAAAGGAAGGUGGUUGAUGGGUUGCCUCGAUGAGCUUGGAGUGCUCGAGCACGGACAGUGCUUUAUUCAAAUGUCGAGUCCCUCACUGCAGAACUGUUUUAUUAAGCACGGCACUAGAUUUUCUGGGACAAAAAUGAAUAGGCAAGUCAUUGUAGGUGCAGUGGUCAUAGCCAAGAACCCCUGUCUUCAUCCGGGUGAUGUUCGGAUCCUUGAAGCUGUCGAUGUCCCUGGUUUGCAUCAGCUGGUGGAUUGCCUUGUUUUCCCUCAGAAGGGAGAUAGGCCCCACGCGAAUGAGGCAUCAGGCAGUGAUCUUGAUGGCGAUCUGUAUUUUGUCACAUGGGACGGUGAUCUUAUUCCUCCAGGGAAGAAAAGCUGGGUGCCGAUGGACUACACUGCGGCUGAAGCCAAACAACUACCACGGACAGUCUCUCCGCAGGAUAUUAUUGACUUCUUCCUGAAGAAUAUGGUCAAUGAAAAUCUCGGUGUUAUUUGCAAUGCUCAUGUUGUCCAUGCCGAUCUAAGCGAAUAUGGAGCUAUGGAUGAGAAGUGCCUCCAGCUUGCUGAACUGGCGGCUACUGCAGUGGACUUCCCCAAAACAGGCAAGCUUGUUACUAUGCCGCCGAAUCUCAGACCCAAGCUCUACCCCGACUUCAUGGGGAAGGACGAUCACAUGUCCUACAAAUCAGAAAAGAUAUUAGGACAGCUGUAUCGUGAGAUCAGAGAUGCCUCUUGUGACGAUCCAUCGUCAUCAUCAUCUGCUGCACAAGCUUGCUCAUGGGAGGACGUAUCGUAUGAUACGGAUCUCGAGGUUCCUGGGGCAUCGGAUUACCUGUUUGACGCCUGGAAUUGCAAGUGUGCCUACGAUGGGCAGCUAAACGCAUUGUUGGGCCAGUACAAAGUUUGCUCAGAAGGGGAGGUUGUUACGGGGCAUAUAUGGUCGAUGCCUAAAAAUAAUAGUAGGAAGCAGGGAGAGCUCAAGGAGCGCCUCAAGAAUGCCUACACUGCGCUGCGCAAAGAAUUCCGUAAUGUAUUUGAGACGGCGGGACCAGAUUUUAACGAACUGUCGGAUGACGAAAAGAGUGUGUGGUAUGAACAGAAGGCGUCUGCGUGGUACCAAGUCACUUACCACCCCAAAUGGCUUAGAAAAUCGUGCGAAAUGAGAGAGCUGGAGGGGGAAGUGGUCCCUACAAGGCUGUCGUUUGCCUGGAUCGCUGCGGAUUAUUUGGUGCGCAUCAAAGUAAGAUGCCAAGACAAAAGCAAAUUGAAUCAGCAAAGACCAGUCGAUGCGCUUGCAGUUUAUCUCUCUGACAGGAUUUGAGGAGCUGUUUAUGUUUUUGACCGGUUCCGGUUCCUCCUUCCUUGGUACAGCAAGACCACUCAGCGGCCAUUUUUUGGGUCCAUUACAUUUGCUGUGGUAUUUUGGAUAAACUUGAACAUCCUUUUUGUAUGUUGGUCAACAGUAACAAGUAGAUAUUUCUGUUCUGUUGUGUAUCAGCUAUUCUAUCACUGAUUAUAGACAAUAAUUGAGCCUAUAUGUGGCUGAUGUAAUCUGUUGAGUGCUCUGUGUGCUUUAAAUUAUAGUAAAUGUUAUCGAUGAAUGUUUUUGUGUUCUGUGAGUGGA